AUGGUAGGGUCGGCCAAUAGUCCGCAGGGAGCCAACGCGGGCUGCUUGAUCCAUGGGUUUUUUUGGGGGGGAAGACGCAAUGCCCCCCUUGAGCUGUCGUCUAUAGUGGUUGCGGGUUUACCGGGCGUAGGACAGGCCCGACCGGGUAAUAUGGGACAGUCUUGUAAUGUGCGAGAUGGCUUGGCCGACUGCACCCAAGUCGGGGCGCAUGAAGCCUACUCGGAUGGUUUUGGCAGAGAGAGCUGGGUGGAGCUUCUUGACACGCAUGGUCUUGUGUUGGCUUCGACCUGGACCUGGACUGGGGCUGGGUCCUUCUUCACCAUCGACUGCCACUUGGAUGUCGUCAUCUUGAGCAGGUCCUUGAAGAGGGUGUGA